AUGAAGCAGGCGGUAACAUCUGAGCAGAUAGCCGAGUGGUUCACGAUCGGGACACAGUUUGCUAGCGUUAGGAUCACCGAUGAAACCAAAAAAGAGGCAAAGUCGGAGUCUGCCAGUACAACAGAAAGCCCUGUGAAAACCCCAGCAGAGAGAGGCAGUCCAGAGAAAGAUUCGUCAGAUGGAGGGAUCAGGAGCAGGAAGGCCGCCCUCCUGACCAACACCCCUCCGACACUGGCCUACUAUGAGUAUCCAGCUCUUCCAAUCACCAAAAACCGACAAGAGUUGAUCUCCCUCAUAGAGAAUAACUCUGUGGUGAUAAUCCGUGGGGCCACAGGCAGCGGUAAGACCACCCUGCUGCCUCAGUUCAUACUGGACUACUACAAUGAGAGAAACGCUCCCUGCAACCUAGUGGUGACGCAGCCGCGCAAGAUCGGAGCCUCCAGCAUCGCACGCUGGGUUGCCAAAGAACGCAAGUGCACCCUUGGCAGUCUAGUGGGAUACCAGGUGGGACUGGAGAAGAUGGCAACAGUGCAUACGAGGCUGAUCUACAUGACCACUGGGGUACUGUUGCAGAAACUGGUGGGAGCAAAGAGUCUGACAGAGUACUCCCACAUCUUUAUAGACGAGGUUCAUGAGAGGACAGAAGAGCUGGACUUCCUCCUCUUGGUUGUCAGAAAGCUUUUGCACUCAAAUUCCCGCUAUGUCAAGGUCAUCCUAAUGUCAGCCACAAUCAAUUGUAAGGAAUUUGCGGAGUAUUUUGGAACGCCGGUCCGUAGCCAGAUGAAUCCUGCAUACGUGUUCGAGGUGGAAGGAACAACCUACACUGUAGAUGAAUUCUAUCUGGAUGACUUGAAAAGCAUCUUACCCUUUAGAGUGGAGGCUCUCCAGAGUGCCGAACCUCGCAUCAAUUCCGAAAUGUACAAUGUGGCAGUCAGUCUUAUACAGAGCUUCGAUGAAAUGGAGACCAAAGAUCAAAGUGGGCGGGCUGAGAAGGAGGAGGCCUUGUCUUUGCCUGAGAGGGGAAGUGUGCUGGUUUUCCUACCUGGUCUCGCUGAGAUCCAGUUCAUGCAGGAAGCUCUCUCUAAGCUUGUACGCAAGAGACUGCAGGUGUACCCCCUCCACUCCUCAGUCACCUUAGAGGAGCAAAACGGGGUUUUCCUGGUGCCAGUGCCUGGAUACAGGAAGAUCAUCCUUUCCACUAACAUAGCAGAGAGCUCUGUCACAGUGCCUGAUGUGAAGUAUGUAAUUGACUUCUGCCUGGCACGACACCUGGUCUGUGACAAAGAGACAAAUUACCAGUCCCUCUGUCUGACAUGGGCAUCCAAGACCAGCAGUAACCAGCGGAGAGGACGUGCUGGCCGGGUGUCUAAAGGUUACUGUUAUCGCCUGGUGACUAAAGAAUUCUGGAAGAAUGAAAUCCCAGAUUAUGUCAUUCCUGAAAUGCUGCGUUCCCCACUGGCCAGUAUCAUGUUGAAGGUGAAGUUGCUGGAUAUGGGGGACCCUCGUUCUCUCCUGUCGAGUGCCCUCUCUCCCCCAAAUCUCAACGACAUUGAGAGAACUGUCCUACAGCUGAAGGAGAUGGGUGCCCUGUCUGUGCGGAGCAGCAGCGAGAAGCGUUUUGACGGAGACUUGACGUUCCUGGGUCGUGUUUUGGCUCACCUGCCCGUUGACCUCUACCUGGGGAAGAUGGUUGUUUUGGGCCAUGUCUUUGGCUGUUUGGAGGAGUGCCUAAUCAUCGCUGCGGCUCUCUCUCUAAAGAGUUUCUUCUCCAUGCCGGCGUUACAGCAGCUGGCAGGCUACCGGAGCAAGCUGACGUUUGCACAAGGUGUCCCCAGUGACUCUGUUGCCUUCGUCAAUGCAUUCAAGGCUUGGCAUACUUCCAGGAGUAAAGGGGAACUGAGACAUCCAAAGGACGAACUAGAGUGGGGCAAAGAGAACUGCAUUCAGAUCAAAAGAAUCAGAGAGGUGGCUGAGCUGUUUGAGGACUUGAAAAAGCGUGUGUCCCAGUUCAACAUGGAAGUGAGUGAGAGCUCUACACCAGUGGACUACACCAGUGUGAACAAGCAGAGGUUCAUCCUGCAGGUUGUCAUUGCUGGAGCAUUCUACCCAAACUACUUCAUUCAGGGAGAGAUUGAUGAAGAGAUGGCAUCCAAGGAGCUUUCAGGACACGAUCCCAGAACUACCGUAAUGGUUCGGAAUCUCCCUCAGUUUGCUUUUCUGUACUACAAGCAGCUGCAGUCUCUGUUCAGGCAGUGUGGCCAGGUCAAAUCCAUCGCCUUUGAUGGUUCCAGGGCGUAUGUUGAGUUUUACCGGACGUUGGCGCGUGGCUCUGGCGUUUUGCCGGAGGUUUCUCUGGCCCUGCUCUUGUCUCAGCAGAGGCUGCCUCUCCACCUGCUCGUGCAUCGAACAGAUGAGGUGGAGGCCAAAGCAGGGGACAAGACAGUCACCCACCUGAGAUAUGCACGGGUCAAUGUGGAUUUUCAGAACCACUCUGUGUACCCAGUUGGAGUUCUGAGCAGUACUGUUGACCCAGAGAAACUGCCCACGAACAGAGUCUUCAUUGUCAACAUCACAGAGGUGGUGGAAGUGGGUCAUUUCUGGGGUUUCCAGGCCGACGAGGCGAGUAUAGCGAAACAGACCCAGCUGACGGCGGCCAUUAACAUGCGGGAGCUGCAUCCUGUCCCAGAGUCCCUGUACCCCAACCUUUUGUGCCUGGCCCCCUUCAUCGACACCCACGAGCCUGGCAACUAUUUCAGAGCCAAGAUACUGCAUGUGCUUGGAAACCUGGUGGAAGUAAUCUUUGUGGAUUUUGGGAAUUGCUCCAGAGUUCCUUGCAGCAGUCUGAGGGAGCUUCCGGCUGACCUGCUGUCUCCGCCCUUUCAGGCUCAGGAGUUUCGCAUCGCCGGGAUGAGGCCGUCGACUCAGUCUGUGAUUUUUGGAGACCAGUGGAGCAGUCGUGCCCGCAACCGUUUCAUAACGUUGGUGAACCCUUCUUCAGCGUCCCAGCACACCUUCAUCGUGUCCCUCUACUCCAUCCUGCACGGUGUGAUGCACGUCGACCUCUUCGUCACCACGGAUACGGGCGAAGUCAGCUUGGCCGACAUCAUGGUGCAGGAAGGCCACGCCCGUAAAGCUCCCGAGAGCUUUGAGUCUCAGCAGAGUCAUGGAGUGUUGAUGUCACUGUACCAAGACCUUCAAGAUGGCACUUAUACACCCAACUCCACCAGCAGUUCCUGGAAGAACCAGAAAGAGGAGGAAAAACGGGUCAUCAAUAGUCUCCUGGAGGCGUUCUCCAGAACCAGUCACAGCGCCCCCAAGAUCAGGGUUCCUGUGCAUGGUCCUAUGAGUCCUCACAGAGUCAAGUUCCACAGCAUGUUUAGUGUCUCCCAGUACAGGUCAGUUGCUAUAGAGAAAGACAGCAUUAACUCUGUACUGGUGAAUGAGAAUCCACAGGACAAAUAUGAGAGGUUACUGGUGGCUGGAUCUGUGUCUCUCAGCUCCUCAGGUUCAAAACUUAUGCUAAAGGAGACCACACUGAUGCCUCACAUACCUGGUCUGCCUGCUCUCAUCACUAUGCUCUUCACUCCCGUCAUGGAGUUACGCACGAACGAGGAGAGGACGUGUUUUACGGGAGCCCUCUGUGGUCUGGGCUGGAACCCCAGCACCGGUGACCCUGUGCUUCCAGAGCAUGACAUCGUGCUGUCGUUUGACGUCACGUUUGACGUGGAGGACAUCACUGAGAUUAAUGCUCUCAGAGCCGCUGUCAACAGGUUGGUGUGCGAGGGGCCGAAUGGCGUUCUGCACCUGGGGCCCGAGAGGAUCAGGACUCUGCAGGAGGAUGCACGCGAACGCCUGAUCAGGCUGUUCACCAAGUCUCCUCCCAGAAAAGAAUGCAUCCCUGCAUUCCAUGAGAAUCCCAAAAAAUGGAACCAGGUUGACCCAUCUCUUCAAAUGAAGGUUCCACAAAAGUUUGAUGGGAAGAGCAGAAAUGUUUGUUUCAUCCUGCACCCUGUCACACUCCUGGACAUAUAA